AUGAUGUUCGUGGUGCUCUACGUCGACGGUCAAAUCCUCGCAGACAACGACAUUAAUUUACUGCCGGCGACCAAGAAAGCGCUGAGUGAGCGCAUCGAGAUGUCCGAUAUCGGCGAACUAAAGUACUGUCUCGGCGUGGAAGUAGAGCGUGAUGACAAGUCGGUCGAUGUGUCGAUGCGGCAGACCAAUUUCGUGCAGUCGGUCCUGACCAAGUUUGGAAUGGAAGACUGCAAGCCUGUGAUAACGCCGCAGGACCCCUUUCUCAAGCUAACAAAACAAACCUUGCAGCUGUAG